AUGCGCUCUUUCAUUGCAAUCACAGCAUUACUGGCUGGUCUCACCCAGGCUGCACCCAACCACCAAGAUCGCACCAACUACAACCUCAAUGCCCUUGCUCAAGCUCGGGGUAAACAAUGGUUCGGAACAGCUGCUGAUAUCCCGGGGACGGGUGAGACAACCGACGCUGCGUACCUGAAGAUUCUAAAAAAUCAAUUCGGUGAAAUUACUCCAGCUAAUGCGCUCAAGUUUAUGUAUACAGAACAAGAGCAAAACAAGUUCAACUUCACUGAUGGAGACUAUUUCAUGGAUCUAGCCGAGCGCUACGACUCCAAAGUUCGCUGCCACAAUCUCGUCUGGAUGAGCCAGGUGUCAGAUUUCGUCACCUCGAAGACCUGGACCGCCAAAGAACUCACUGGAGUUAUGAAGAACCACAUCUUCAAGACGGUGCAGCACUUCGGCAAGCGAUGCGCCUCGUGGGAUGUCGUUAAUGAAGCUAUCAACGACGAUGGCACCUUCUCGUCAAGCGUCUGGUAUGAUACCAUCGGCGAGGAAUACUUCUACCUUGCCUUCCAAUAUGCGCAGCAGGCUCUGGCCCAGAUCGGGGCCAGUGAUGUCCAGCUUUACUACAAUGACUAUGGGAUUGAGAGCCCCGGUACCAAGGCCGAAGCCGUUCUGGGCCUUGUUAAGAAUCUGCGCAAGCGAGGAAUCCGCAUUGAUGGUGUCGGUCUGGAGUCGCACUUUAUUGUCGGCCAGACACCUUCCCUUGCCAAUCAGCUGGCCACGAAGAAAGCUUAUAUCAAGGCUGAUUUGGAUGUUAUUGUCACGGAACUUGAUAUUCGCUUUGCGGAAAAGCCGUACUAUACUGCCGAUGUACAGAAACAACAGGCUGCCGACUACUACCUCACCGUUCAGAGCUGUCUUCAGUCUGGACGUCGCUGUCUUGGUGUCGUUGUUUGGGACUUUUAUGAUAAAUACUCUUGGGUGCCUGAGACCUUCGCUGGUCAGGGAGGUGCAACUCUUCUCAAUGAUACCCUCGAGGCUAAACCGGCGUAUUACGCGGUUGUUGAGGCGCUCCAGGGCAAGAAGUGCACUGUUUGCUAG